AUGUCAAGCGAAUCACUACCAAUAUCCCCAGAAGCCUUCGCAGAGGCGAUAAAAGAGCUCCCCCUCGCAGUCCUCUACAGCAAAGUCUCCGAGCUCACCAACUCCAUCGCACAUCUGCAUCGCUCGAACGCAGAGCUUCGCUCAUAUUUAGAAGAAAGCAAUGACUCGGAAGAGGACAGAAAGGAGUUAGAGGGGUAUAUUACGGAAAAUGAUGGCGUGGCGGUGUCUAUGAAUGAGCGCAUCUUGUUGUUGAAGACCGAGGUAGAGAAUCGUGGGCAGCCUUGGAUUGAACUUGAUGAGCUCGAGAAAGAUGCAAAGGAGAUUGCUUCAGCUGAUGUGCCGGUGGCAAAUGGGAAUGAAGCUGAGAAUGGGACUAGGUCUGGGGCUGCGGGUGCGGGUGCAGGACAGGGCACCCAUGAUGGGGAUAAUGAGGAUGGGGUCUAUCUGUGA